AUGCGCCAUGGGAGAGACUAUGUCAUAGUUGACCACAUUAAACGUCCAAUUCUUUUGACUUUGUGGCAGGAUUUUGAAUCUGUCGAGGGCUGUGUUAUUGAUGAAGCAAUGCCUACCAUGCCUACCAUGCCUAUUAUUAUCGCUAUGAGAGUUAGGGUCUUAAUGGAAAAUUAUAUAUCAUUGUCGACCCAGCCAUCUUCUGUUAUACUUGUUGCUCUUGAUGUUUUGGAGGCACGCGAGCUUGACUGCUGGUGUGAAAGAAAUGUCUUGGAAUUAGUCCAUAUGAUUUUUGACAAUAAAUCAUACGUUGAUCCGGCUAUUCUUUUACCUCAUGUUCGUGCUCCAACUCUUACUGCAAUCUCCAGCGUUGCAUCCUUCACUCGCUUUUUGCUUGUAAAUAAUGAGGAGCCUUUAUCCUCCCACAUUCACAGUUUAGUUCCAAUAACCAAUUGUUUAAGGACCUUUGUCAGCAAUGCCUCUGUGUCAGCAAUGCCCAGGGAUGACACUGUAAUUGGGAAUGGUGAGGAUGAUGAUGGAGCAGGGCCAUGUGGUGGAAAGUUCAAGAAGUUAUUAAUUUUCUCUGGGAAUGAUUACCUAGGCUUGAGUUCCCACCCAACUGUUAUCAAGGCCGCAGUAAAGGCAGCUCAGUUGCAUGGGAUGGGACCUAGAGGUUCUGCAUUAAUUUGUAGUUACACAAAUAACCACAGGUUGCUGGAGUCGGCAUUGGCAGACUUAAAGAAGAAAGAGGAUUGCCUUCUCUGUCCCGCAGGCUUUGCAGCCAACAUGGCACUUAUCACAGCAGUUGGAAGUGUUGGUUUGCUGUUAGCUGAAGGGGGAAAACCUAAAAGGGAUGAAAGAGUUGCCAUUUUUUCUGAUGCACUCAACCAUGCAUCAAUUAUCGAUGGUAUCCGCCUUGCUGAGAAACAAGGGAGUUUAGUCAACAUUGCGCGUUCGUAUUGGUCUUUAUACUGGCGCCUUCGUUUAACCAUUACGUUUCUUGCAUCGAUGCUGCUGGCUUCUGCAAAUUCAAAAUGCUCUUCGGAAAUACAAAUGUCUCCAUGGUCUUCAACAAGGAGAAAUACUUGUAUUCAUACCCCAGUCCCGUACAUCCCUUGCUGUUUUAAUUUUCGGAAUCAACAGCAUAGAAAUCAUGUAUCCAUGGCAUCAUACAUUUCACCUUUAAUAUAUUAGUAGCUUUGAUUACCAAAUUAG